AUGGCGGCUUUGCAGAAAGGCGAGAAGGAGAUGGAGGGUCGAACGUGGGCGGAGGAGACCGACCUUCAGUCUUCCGCAGAGAAUCACGCGCAGAUUGCGGCGGCAAAGGCGGAGGCAGGGGGAGGAGGAUGCUCUGGACUGAGACCUCUCGUUAGGUGGAAUGGAGGGGACGCGGAUGCGCCGCUGCAGACGCUGGAAGAGGCGGCCGGAUGCGGCCCUGCUGGCGCACCCGCGUGGGAUCAGUUCAAGGAUAAUCGAGAGCGUUUUGGCGUCUGUUCGACGUACAAGGAGGAGCUCUACACAACGCCUCUGGACAAGAGCAGCGUGCCGUUGCACCUGCGGGCUAAGGCGAACCGUCUGGCGAAGGAAAUGGAAGCUGAGGCAGGAUUGCGACACAAGGAUUCGUUGUUAGAAGCCGAUGGCGAAGACGAGGAGGCCCUCUUCAGCGCCGUUCGAAACACGGGAGCUUACGCGCGCCGCCACGUGGGUGCUGCUGGACAAUCGAGAUGCAGACCCCCUCAAUGCGCAUCAGCAGCAUCAGCAUCAGCAGCAGCAACACAACACUCCCGCCAUGAGGGCGAUGAUUACAGGUGGCUCGCCAUCGAAUCGGCAGCAGCAGCAGACGCGGGGAGCGGUGCUGCAGAUGGCCAGCAGCAGCAACAGCAGCAACAGCAGCAGCAACAACAGCAGCAGCAACAAGCGGCAACAGCAGCGGCAGCGGCGUCUCCUACUUCGAGCAACGGCGGGAAAAAGUGUUUCCAGUUCAACCCACACGCCAACUGCUUUACCCCCGCAACUCCCUCCUCGCAUGCAGCAGCCGCUGCUGCCAGUUAUCGCUUCGCUGCUGCAGGCAGCUCUGCCACGGGGUUGAAUGGAAUGAGUCGACAGAAUGCGGGGAUUCCCCAGCAGGCACCAGGACCCCCUCCUUUGCAGGGAGUCGCUGCCAGAGCGUCAGACGCAGCCGACAAGAAUAACAGCACCAGUCAGCAGCAGCAGCAGCAGCAGCAGCAGCAGCCGGUUGCAGCAGCAGGAAGGGCUCCUCCUCCUCCGCAAUCCCUCGCUGGAGGGGGGGCCCCCGCCUUGCAUGUGCCGCCUCCGCCUUUGGGGGUGUAUGGAUCGGCGGGGAGUGCGGGGGGAGCUGCGCCUCAGGCGUAUCGGGGCCCCUCCACUCCGGGGGGCCUCUUAGGAGAUCCUUCCGAGGCAGCGCUUGUGGUGGAUUCGACGGCUCUUGCGCUGGGGGGCACCUUUGGACCGGCGGAGGGCCCCCCUUUUGCGCAUGCGGGGUACCCCAUGGGCAUGCCGGGGGCCCCUGGGGGGUGCCCACGCCACAUGGGGCCCCUCAAGCUCUCGCCCUUUGCGUCUCCUUAUGAGCAGGUGUGCGAAGCCUUCACCGUAGUGGGCGGGGGGUCUGUUGCUUCCGCCGCCGCUUUGUUGCUGAGGAAAGAGGCGCGUGUGCAGGUGAAGGAACAUGUGCAUAGAUGUGGGAGUGCCUUGUUUUGGGGGAGGCGGGAGGCGGGAGGGGGGCGUGUCUCGCUGGCAGCGGCAACGCUGUGUGUGGGGUUGUUGGGGCCUGGUGUUAAGAACCCUUUGGUGUGGGCGCGAGCCAGUGGGUGUGUGUCGUGUGUGUGUUGGUGCGGCUGGCGCCUUUGUGCUGCAUGUGCAGUGCGGCUGCACCGCCCGUCAGUCCCUACGUCUCCCCUCUUCGGCUUUGGACAGCCGCUGCUCCUCCCGAACGCCGCCUUAGGGGGCCCCCCAGGGGCCCCCGGCUCGCUGCCCUAUCCCGUGAUGUACGCGGCGGCCCCCCAGCUGCCCCCCGGGCACCCGUAUGCGCUUUUGUCUGUUGCCACGGCGGGGCCCCCACAGCAGCAGCAGGAACAACAACAACCGCAGCAGCAGCAGCAGCAGCAGCAGCAGCAGCAGCAGCAGCAGCAGCACCCUGCAUCGCAUCUAGGGUCCACGGGCAAGCAGCCGAGGCACCAGCACCAGGGAGGGGUGUCUCCCAACGCGCAUCAGCAGCAGCAGCAGCAGCACCAAGAGGCUGCAGGGUCUGACGAUGCAGCCUCCUCGCCUACCCCCACACAGCAAGGUCCACGCGGCGCUGGGGUGUCUCCCCACCUGGGAGGCCGUGGAGGGGGGGGCCCCGGGGGGGCCCCCGGGGGUCAUAAGGGGCCCUCGCACAAGGCUGGCCUUCAUGGAAGCAGGCACCAGCAGCAGCAGUACCAGCAGCAGCAGAUGCACGUGCGUGGAGGCGGCCCCUUCGUGCCUGGGGGAGGCGCGCAGCAGCAGCAGCAGCUGCUGCUGCACCACCAUGGCACCGUCUCCUCGAUCGGAGGAGGGCAGGGUGCCCCUGGAGCAGCAUCCACUCCUAUCCCCUCUCCUCACCCCUCAGUGGCCGUUGUCUCACCGGUGUCAGCCGGAGGGGGGCCCCCUGCAGACCCUGCAGAAGCCCCUAGUGGGCCCUCGCCGCCUCCGCAGCCAAGCGGCAGCAACGGCACUUCGCUGAGGGGGGCCCCCCUGGACUUGGCAUGCCCCUGA